CUCGCGGGAGGCCCCGGAGCAAUUCUGACCGAAGUUCGGCUGUACUGUCAGACUCUUCAUCAGUGUGUUCCCCUUCAAGCAAGUCUGAAACCACAUCCAUGGAGAAAGUAAAGAAGAAGGAGUCGAAGAGUGGGGAAAAAAGACGAGGAAGACCUCCAACACUUACAAGUGUGAAGUUCAAAUUGUCACAGGAGAAGGACACAUCGGACAUUCAGAAGGGCAGCAAAGACGAAAAAGAGAGUCUGAAAAAAAUCAAAAGAUCACCGUCCACUACAUUUCAGCAAGCAACUAAAAUCAAGAAAUUAAGAACUAGUAAGCUUUCCCCGCUGAAAUCUAAAUUUAAGCCUGGGGCAAAACUUCAGAUUGGGAGGAAGAGCGUUCAGAUGGUGCGCAGGAGAGGCAGGCCACCAUCCUCUGAACGUUUAAAGACUUCCUCAGCUUUAGUCAUAAACUCACAGCUGGAGAAGCCCCAGAGGAUUCGCAAAGAAAAGGAUGGCACACCACCUCUCACAAAGGAAGAGAAGGCUGCUGUCAGACAGAGUCCACGCAGAAUUAAACCUGUUAGGAUUAUACCUUCCACCAAAAGGACGGAUGCUGCGAUUGCUAAGCAACUCUUGCAGAGGGCUAAAAAGGGAGCACAAAAAAAGAUUGAGAAAGAAGCAGCCAAACUGCAGGGCAGGAAGGGGAGAACCCAGCUCAAAAAUAUUCGACAGUUCAUCAUGCCGGUUGUGAGUGCAAUCUCUUCACGGAUUAUCAAAACACCCAAACGGUUUAUUGAGGAUGAAGACUAUGAUCCUCCUAUUAAAAUAUCCAGACUAGAAUCCACACCAAACAGCAGGUUCAGCACUACAUCUUGUGGCUCCAGUGAAAAGUCCAGUGCUGCUUCUCAGCAUUCAUCUCAGAUGUCUUCAGACUCCUCACGGUCCAGCAGCCCCAGUGUGGAUACAUCUACAGACUCCCAGGCCUCUGAGGAGAUGCAGAUGCUUUCUGAGGAGCGAAGCAAUACUCCAGAAGUUCACACUCCCCUGCCUGUUUCUCAGUCCCCUGAAAAUGAUAAUGGUGAUAGGAGAAAUAGAAGGUUUUCGAUAACAGAAAGAAGUUUUGGCCAGAGGACCACAAAAAAGCUGUCAGCCUUACCAAGCAUGCCACAGCAGCAGUCCUCCUCCUCUCCUCCUCCCCCUUUGCUCACUCCCCCCCCACCUCUGCAGCCUGCUUCAGGCAUCUCAGACCAUACCCCUUGGCUAAUGCCUCCAACCAUACCGCUAGCCUCACCCUUUCUUCCUACUUCUGCUGCCCCGAUGCAAGAGAAACGAAAGUCAAUUCUGCGAGAACCAACGUUUAGGUGGACCUCCCUGAAACAUUCCCGGUCAGAGCCACAGUACUUCUCAUCAGCAAAGUAUGCCAAAGAGGGUCUUAUUCGCAAACCGAUAUUUGAUAACUUCAGGCCCCCGCCGCUAACACCGGAGGAUGUUGGCUUUGCAUCUGGCUUCUCAACACCGGGUGCCACAGCUCCCACUCGUCUCUUUUCACUUCACUCUGGAGCCAGGUUUGAUAUGCACAAGAGAAGUCCUCUGCUGCGAGCGCCGCGAUUCACACCAAGCGAGGCCCACUCCCGGAUCUUCGAGUCUGUAACUUUGCCCUCGUCGGUUGGUCGCUCCACUGCAGGGGCCUCUGCCACAGGCACGUCCUCUCGGCGGCGGAAGAGGAAAGCGUUCAGCCCCAUCCGGUCAGAACCCAGAUCUCCUUCACACUCCAUGAGGACGAGGAGCGGAAGGCUUAGUACCUCUGACCUGACAACUCUCACCCCACAGUCUUCUGUCUCUUCUUCAUUAACUAGUAUUUCAGUUAGUUCUCUUGCCACUAGUGCCUUAAAUUCAACUUUUACUUUUCCCUCCCAUUCCCUAUCGCAGUCUGGGGAAUCAGCAGAAAGAAGCCAGAGACCAAGGAAGCAGACGAGCGCUCCAGCAGAGCCUUUCUCAUCUGGUAGCCCUACGCCUCUCUUCCCCUGGUUCACAUCAAGUCCCCAGACAGAGAGAGGCAAAAACAAGGACAGGGCAGCAGAAGAACUCUCCAAAGAUAAAGAUGCUGACAAAAGCCUGGAGAAGGACAAGAGCAGAGAGAAAGACAGGGAAAGAGAAAAGGAGAACAAACGGGAAUCAAGGAAAGAGAAAAGGAGAAAAGGGUCAGAAAUACAGAAUAGCGCUGCUUUGUUUCCUGUAGGUAAAACGCCCAAAGAAAAAGUCAGCGAAGAUGCUGCAGCAUCAUCGUCUGCCAAAAAAACCUCUGGGCGGAAGAAGUCUACAGCAGUAGAUCCCACGGCAGAUGCUUCCACUGCUGCUCUCGUAGAUACAACAGCUGUCAAAACCAAAACAUCCAAGAAAGGUAGAGGGGGGCUGGACAAAUCAGACCUGGACCUCAGCCCCACUGUGCCAUCUUUGGAGAAGGAAAAAGCUCUGCGUCUUUCUGCUCCUUCAUCAAGCACUGUUAAACAUUCUGCUUCCUCCAUCAGUUCUAUGUUGGCUCAAGCAGACAAACUGCCAAUGACUGACAAGAGGGUAGCCAGUCUUCUGAAAAAGGCAAAAGCCCAGCUGUACAAGAUUGAGAAGAGCAAGUCCCUCAAACAAGCAGAUCAGCCAAAAGCACAGGGGCAAGAGAGUGAUUCGUCGGAAACGUCGGUCCGAGGACCACGAAUAAAGCACGUUUGCAGGAGAGCAGCUGUUGCGCUGGGCCGUAAGCGAGCGGUGUUUCCUGAUGACAUGCCCACUCUGAGUGCCUUACCGUGGGAAGAGCGGGAGAAGAUACUGUCUUCCAUGGGGAAUGAUGAUAAGUCAUCGAUAGCUGGCUCAGAAGAGGCUGAACCUCUUGCUCCACCUAUCAAGCCCAUUAAGCCGGUCACCAGAAACAAGGCCCAGCAAGAACCUCCGGUGAAGAAGGGCCGGCGCUCCAGGCGCUGCGGGCAGUGUUCGGGCUGCCAGGUUCCAGAGGACUGUGGUGUCUGCACUAACUGUCUAGACAAGCCCAAGUUUGGUGGGCGCAAUAUAAAGAAGCAGUGCUGCAAAAUGAGGAAAUGUCAGAAUCUACAGUGGAUGCCUUCAAAAGCUUAUCUCCAGAAGCAAGCUAAAGCUGCAAAAAAGAAAGAGAAGAAAUCCAAGACAAAUGAGAAGAAAGAAAGCCAUUCUGGAAAAAACCAGUUGGACUCUGGACAGAAACAAACUCCUCAGGCUGUUGUACCAAGAGAAGACAAUGCUGGGAAGAAGAGCUGUGAGCCUGCCCGUAAGCCUGUUGAGGAAAAGCAUGAGGAUGGGAAUUCCUCCAUUCCUGUGUCAGAGCCCAAACAGGUCCCUACAUCUGGUACCAGAAAGACUGGCAAGCAGAUAUCCCAGCCAGUCCAACCCCCUCCUUCUCAGCCACCAAGCUUAGGACCUUUGAAAAAAGAGGCACCUAAACUUAGCACUUCUGAGCCCAAGAAAAAGCAGACUCCCCAGCCAGAAAUAGGCACAGAACAAAGCAAACAGAAAAAAAUUGCUCCCCGUCCAACUUUCCCUGUGAAACAGAAACCAAAAGAAAAGGAAAAGCCCCCUCCUCUGAGCAAGCCAGAGAGCAGCACACUGAACUUGCUCAGCACUCUGACUAACGGCAGCAGUUCCAAGCAAAAGCCACCUCCAGAUGGAGUCCACAGAAUCCGAGUGGAUUUCAAGGAGGACUGUGAAGUGGAGAAUGUUUGGGAGAUGGGUGGGUUAGGCAUCGUCACCUCGGUACCUAUUACUCCCAGGGUGGUGUGUUUUCUCUGUGCCAGCAGUGGACAUGUGGAGUUUGUAUAUUGCCAGGUCUGCUGUGAGCCCUUCCACAAGUUCUGCCUGGAGGAGAGUGAGCGGCCCCAGGAAGAUCAGCUGGAGAACUGGUGCUGCCGUCGCUGCAAGUUCUGCCACGUCUGUGGGAGACAGCACCAGGCCACCAAGCAGUUGCUGGAGUGUAACAAGUGCCGAAACAGCUAUCACCCUGAGUGCCUGGGCCCAAACUACCCAACAAAACCCACCAAGAAAAAGAAAGUUUGGAUUUGUACCAAAUGUGUUCGCUGCAAGAGCUGUGGAUCGACAACACCAGGCAAAGGGUGGGAUGCACAGUGGUCUCAUGACUUCUCCCUGUGUCACGAUUGUGCCAAACUCUUUGCUAAAGGAAAUUUUUGUCCUCUUUGUGACAAAUGCUAUGAUGAUGAUGACUAUGAAAGCAAGAUGAUGCAGUGUGGGAAAUGUGACCGCUGGGUCCACUCCAAAUGUGAAAACCUUUCUGAUGAAAUGUAUGAGAUACUCUCCAACUUGCCCGAGAGUGUUGCAUACACCUGCAUUAACUGUACGGAGCAGCAUCCUGCAGAAUGGCGUCUGGCACUGGAAAAGGAGCUGCAGAUUUCCUUGAGGCAGGUUUUAACAGCCCUGUUGAAUUCCAGAACUACCAGCCACUUACUGCGGUAUCGACAGGCAGCAAAACCGCCCGAUUUAAAUCCUGAGACAGAAGAGAGUAUCCCAUCCAGAAGCUCUCCUGAGGGUCCUGAUCCUCCUGUCCUAACAGAAGUCAGCAAACAGGAGGAGCAGCAACCUCUGGAUUUGGAAGGAGUGAAAAGAAAAAUGGAUCAAGGAAGUUACACUUCUGUGCUGGAUUUUAGUGAUGACAUCGUGAAGAUAAUUCAAGCAGCCAUUAAUGCCGAUGGCGGGCAGCCAGAGAUCAAGAAAGCCAACAGCAUGGUCAAGUCCUUCUUUAUUCGGCAAAUGGAGCGUGUUUUUCCAUGGUUCAGUGUAAAAAAGUCCAGAUUUUGGGAGCCAAAUAAAGUAACAAGCAAUGGUAUGUUGCCAAACGCGGUGCUGCCCCCAUCGCUCGACCAUAAUUAUGCUCAGUGGCAGGAGCGUGAAGAGAACAACUGCACUGAACAGCCCCCUCUGAUGAAGAAAAUCAUUCCAGCUCCAAAACUCAGAGGGCCUGGAGAGCCGGAUUCACCAACUCCUCUACAUCCUCCUACACCUCCCAUCUCUGGCUCUGACAGAAGCAGAGAGGACAGUCCUGAAUUGAACCCACCUCCCGAUGUGGAAGACAACAGGCAGUGUGCGUUGUGCCUGAAAUACGGUGAUGACAGUGCUAAUGAUGCUGGACGUCUUCUCUAUAUUGGCCAAAACGAAUGGACACAUGUGAACUGUGCUUUGUGGUCAGCAGAAGUGUUUGAAGAUGAUGAUGGUUCUCUGAAAAACGUGCACAUGGCUGUGAUCCGGGGAAAGCAGCUGAGAUGUGAGUUUUGCCAGAAGUCAGGUGCCACAGUAGGCUGCUGCCUCACUUCCUGUACCAGUAAUUAUCAUUUCAUGUGCUCACGAGUCAAGAACUGUGUCUUUCUGGAUGAUAAGAAAGUUUAUUGCCAGAGGCAUCGUGACUUGAUCAAAGGAGAGGUGGUUCCUGAGAAUGGAUUUGAAGUUCUUAGGAGAGUUUUUGUGGACUUUGAAGGGAUCAGUUUGAGAAGAAAAUUUCUUAGUGGCUUGGAACCAGAGAACAUCCACAUGAUGAUUGGUUCAAUGACGAUAGACUGCUUAGGAAUUCUGAAUGACCUCUCAGACUGUGAAGAUAAGUUGUUUCCCAUUGGCUAUCAGUGCUCCAGGGUGUACUGGAGCACAACAGAUGCCAGGAAGCGCUGUGUGUAUACGUGCAAGAUCAUGGAGUGCCGACCUCCGGUCGUGGAACCUGACAUCAACAGCACUGUAGAGCAUGAUGAUAAUAGAACAAUUGCCCAUAGCCCAGUUCCCCUUACAGAAAUUCUACCAAAAGACACCCGAAAUACACCUGAAAUUGUAAACCCACCAUCACCAGAUCGUCCCUUGUAUUCUCAGACCUCUGGUUCCUGUUACUACCCAGUGGUCUCCAAGGGUCCCAGGAUCAGGGCACCAAGUUACCCGUCUGCACAGAGGUCUCCUGGCUCAAGGCCGUUACCCUCUGCAGGAAGUCCUACCCCAGUGACCCAUGAAAUAGUGACAGUAGGAGAUCCUUUGCUGUCCUCGGGACUUAAGAGCAUUGGUUCUCGGAGACACAGCACCUCUUCUUUGUCACAGCAGCAAUCUAAACUCCGGAUGGUUUCCCCUACACGAGCUGGGAGCGCUUACUCCAGACACAGUGUGUCUUCAGUUUCCAGCAUGGGGGCCUCUUCUGAAUACGAACCAACUGUCAGAAGUACUGACCGCUUUGUGGGCUCAGUGAGCAUGGGUCCUACAAGUGCUCCAGUUCAAAGUUGCUCUACCAGUUCAGGCUCCCAGAAAACAGUGGCUACAAAUGGAAAUAAAAUAUACCAGCUGGAUGCAUCUCAGUCUACAGAAGGGAAACAUUCCAUCAGUUCAGAUUUAAUAGCCAAAGGUGCAUCUUCUAAGGGAGAGAAAAUGAAAACCUCAAAGGACCCAGAUUAUUCAUCUCAUACCUUUGUUUCUGGAGGAAGCUCCAAAGUGUCCACUCAGCCAACAAGUUCAUCAGGCGCAGAAAUGAGUAAAAUAGGAAUCUUUCAAGAGUGUUCAGGAUCAUUUUCUUCCAAAGAAGCGAUACCCUUUCCACCUUUGCAUCAGAGAGGCCCAAGGAAAGACAGAGAUCAGCACAUGGAACCUUCACAGCCAGAGAAAACAACUGUGGUUGAUGAGAUGGAUGCAAAAACCUUGAAGCCUGCUGGAGUGAACAAUAGAUCUCCUGCAGCAAGUGAGCAGGUAGUUACUGCCCCCAGAGAUAGACGUCAGAAAGGCAAAAAGUUAAUGAAAGACAGUUUUAAAGAGAAGUAUUCCCUGAAAUCUCUUACAGAGACAAGUCAAGCAGCAGGCAGUGAUGAACUGAAACCAGACUUUGGCAAUCAGGGUUUGGAAACUGAAGAAAUCAGCCAGAGGUUAUGUAAUAAUAUUCCUGCUGAAAAAGCUGGUGAGAAGUCUCCAUCUUCACAAGGGCCAUCUAAAGGGUCUGCAGUGCAGGUUGAAGCAGCCCCUAAGGAAUCACAGGCACCCAGGAAACGCACCGUUAAAGUCACUCUGACUCCUCUCAAGAUGGAAAGUGAAAACCAGUCUAAGAAUGCACAGCAGGAAAGUGAUGCUGAAAGUCAGUCUGCAGGGGCAGACCUGACUGCUUUGGCAGAGCCCUCCUCAGCUUCAGAAAGCCUGGAAGAGAACCCUGUAAUUCAGGGAAGUCCAAAUGAAGCACCAACACAGGAAUCUCAGAAUAACUCGUUUGAAAAUUUGGCCAUUCAAGAUAACAGCUUGAUGCUCCAGGAUGGCGCUAAAGCUCAAGAAGAAGGCUCAUACAAGCGGAGGUAUCCAAGGAGAAGUGCUCGGGCCAGAUCCAAUAUGUUCUUUGGAUUGACUCCUCUGUAUGGUGUGAGGUCCUACGGAGAGGAAGACAUUCCCUUCUACAGUAACUCAACUGGCAAGAAGCGAGGGAAGCGGUCUGCAGAAGGACAGGUGGAUGGAGCAGAUGACUUGAGCACGUCCGAUGAAGACGACUUAUACUACUACAAUUUCACAAGGACGGUGGUUUCCUCAAACACGGAGGAGAGGCUCGCAUCCCAUAGCUUAUUCAGGGAGGAAGAGCAGUGUGAUCUUCCAAAAAUCUCACAGCUAGAUGGUGUGGAUGAUGGAACUGAAAGCGAUACAAGUGUCACAGCAACAACCAAAAAAGUCAGCCAAGUAACUAAAAGGAGUGGCAAGGAGAAUGGGACAGAGAACUUAAAGCUGGAUAGAACUGAAGAAGCUGGUGAGAAAGUGCAAGUCACCAAGAGCUCUGCUGUCCACAAAACCGACCCCAAGAUGGAUAACUGCCACCCUGUGAGCAGGGUUAAAGCUCAGGGUCAGGACUCCCUGGAAGCGCAGCUGAGCUCGUUGGAAACGGGCCGCAGGGCUCAUGCAAGCACCCCUGCCGACAAGAACUUACUGGACACCUUCAACACAGAACUUCUGAAAUCCGACUCUGACAAUAACAACAGCGAUGACUGUGGCAACAUACUCCCUUCUGACAUCAUGGACUUUGUGCUGAAGAACACGCCGUCUAUGCAGGCCUUGGGAGAAAGUCCGGAGUCCUCAUCGUCUGAACUCCUGACGCUCGGAGAAGGUUUAGGUCUUGACAGCAACCGUGGCAAGGAUAUGGGUUUGUUUGAGGUGUUCUCCCAGCAGCUGCCCACCACCGAACCAGUGGACAGCAGUGUCUCUUCCUCCAUAUCAGCAGAGGAGCAGUUUGAAUUGCCACUGGAGCUUCCCUCCGAUCUCUCUGUUCUGACCACUCGCAGCCCUACUGUGCCCAGCCAAAAUCACAACAGGCUUGCCGUCAUUUCAGAGUCUUCACUUUCCUCCUCAGGAGAGAGGUCAAUGCUCACCUUGCCUUCCACAGAGUCAGGGGAGAAGAGAGUGACAGUGACAGAAAAAUCUGCCUCAGGGGAAGGUGAUGCAGCUCUCCUGAGUCCAGGGGUAGACCCAAGCCCUGAAGGACACAUGACUCCCGAUCACUUCAUCCAGGGUCACAUAGAUGCAGAGCAUAUCGCCAGCCCAGCCUGCGGCCCUGUUGAGCAAGGGCAUGGCAGCAACCAAGAUUUAACGAGAAACAGCGGGACUCCAGGUAUCCAGGUGCCCGUAUCCCCCACUGUUCCACUCCAGAGCCAGAAGUACGUGCCAAACUCCACUGACAGUCCUGGCCCAUCGCAGAUCUCCAACGCUGCAGUGCAGACAACACCACCCCACCUCAAGCCAGCUGCAGAAAAACUUCUGGUAGUUAACCAAAACAUGCAGCCUCUCUAUGUCCUCCAAACUCUUCCCAAUGGUGUCACCCAGAAGAUACAGUUAACACCUUCUGCUAGUUCUGCACAGAGUGUGAUGGAAACCAACACUUCAGUGCUGGGGCCCAUGGGGAGUGGGCUCACGCUGACCACAGGAUUGAAUCCGAGCUUACCUCCAUCUCAGCCAUUGUUCCCUCCCACGAGCAAGGGUCUGCUGCCCAUGUCCCAUCACCAGCAUAUACAUCCCUUCUCCACACCUGCUCAGACAGGCUUCCCACCAAACAUCAGCAGUCCUUCACCAGGUCUUCUCAUUGGAGUGCAGCCAUCCCCUGAUCCUCAGCUCUUAGUGUCUGAAGCUAGUCAGAGGACAGACCUUGGUUCUGCUGCUUCCACACCAGCCCUGGGCAAGAAACGGCCCAUAUCUCGUCUGCAGUCACGGAAGAACAAGAAGCUGGCUCCUUCUGGAACCCCUUCUGCUAUAGCUCCUUCUGAUAUGGUCUCCAACAUGACCUUAAUUAAUUUUGCUCCUUCCCAGAUUUCCAACCACCCGUUGGAUUUGGGAACCAUUGCGAAUUCAACAUCUCAUAGAACCGUUCCCAAUAUUAUCAAAAGGUCAAAGUCUGGGGUCAUGUAUUUUGAGCAAACAUCUUUGCUCCCACAAGGUGGGACCACUACUGCUGUCAGCACAUCUCCCAGCAUUAUUGGUGCAGAUGGCAGUCACCUCCCAGCAGGGCCUGUAUCAGGCCUAACAUCGAGUUCCUCAGUGCUGAAUGUUGUAUCCAUGCAGGCCACAGCAGCCCCUAGUACUGGUGGGUCAGUUCCUGGUCACGUUUUGGGACAAAGUUCAGUAACGUUAACAAGCCCUGGAUUAUUGGGGGACAUUGGUUCAAUUAGCAACCUCCUGAUCAAAGCUAGUCAGCAAAGCCUUGGUCUUCAGGAGCAGCACAUGACUUUGCCACCAAGUUCUGGGAUGUUUUCACAACUAGGAGCAUCUCAAACUCCGUCUACGGCAGCCAUGACAGCUGCAUCAAGCAUUUGUGUUCUACCCUCAGCACAGACAAUGGGCAUGACAGUCGCUCCGUCAUCUGCUGACCCAGAGGGCUCCUACCAGCUUCAGCACAUGACACAGCUUUUAGCCAACAAAACCGGGGCUGCAUCCUCCCAGCUGGACCUUAGCACAGUUUCAGCAACAACGCAGUUGUCAAGCUUUCCACAACUGGUCGAUGUUCCAAACAGUACCAGACUCGAACAGAGCAAGGCUUCCUCAUCAGUGAUGCAUGCCAGUUCAGCAUCUCCAGGAGGCUCCCCGUCCCCUGGCCAGCAGUCUGCGAGCAGCUCUGCGCUGGGCGCCGCAAAAAUGAAGCCCAAAGUCAAACGCAUCCAGCCGUUUUUAGACAAAGGGACUGGAAAGAAGCACAAAACUUCUCACGCGUGGGCUGGUUCUUCUGAAGCUCACAUUCCCGAAAAAGGGGCUGUUGCUGUACCCCAGGUCUCGGCUACAGGGACUCCUGCUGCGAAGGCAGAUGCACAGGAUGCAGCCAGCGUAGAUCAGCCAUUGCAGAAGCCACAUGGGCAGUCUGCAGGGCAACCGGCUGUGGUCCCAGAACCUCAAUCAACACAGAACUCAAUAAAUGAGCAAGAAAAUGCAGGCUCAAAAGCUCUUGAGGAAGAAGAGAGCACUUUCAGCUCCCCGCUUAUGUUUUGGCUUCAGCAAGAGCAAAAGAGGAAAGAGUGUCUUGGUGAGAAGAAACCAAAAAAGGGUUUGGUUUUUGAGAUCUCUAGUGAUGAUGGUUUUCAGAUCUGCGCAGAAAGCAUUGAAGAUGCUUGGAAGUCUCUGACUGACAAGGUGCAGGAGGCCCGUUCAAACGCCCGCCUGAAGCAGCUGUCCUUUGCAGGUGUGAACGGUUUGAGGAUGUUGGGGAUUAUCCAUGAUACUGUUGUGUUCCUGAUAGAGCAACUGUACGGAGCGAAGCACUGCCACAACUACAAGUUCAGAUUUCACAAGCCAGAGGAGGCCAAUGAGCCUCCUUUGAACCCACAUGGCUCUGCUCGGGCUGAAGUCCACCUGAGGAAAUCUGCAUUUGAUAUGUUUAAUUUCUUGGCGUCUAAACACCGACAGCCACCAGAAUACAACCCGAAUGACGAGGAAGAGGAAGAAGUGCAGCUGAAAUCAGCCCGGAGGGCGACCAGUAUGGAUCUGCCAAUGCCCAUGCGCUUUCGGCACUUGAAGAAGACCUCCAAGGAGGCAGUUGGUGUCUACAGGUCUCCUAUCCAUGGCCGGGGUCUGUUCUGCAAAAGGAACAUCGAUGCAGGUGAGAUGGUGAUCGAAUAUUCAGGCAAUGUCAUUCGCUCCAUCCUCACUGACAAACGAGAGAAAUACUACGACAGUAAGGGCAUCGGGUGCUACAUGUUCCGCAUUGACGACUCGGAGGUGGUGGAUGCCACCAUGCAUGGGAACGCGGCGCGCUUCAUCAACCACUCCUGCGAGCCCAACUGCUACUCCCGGGUCAUCAACAUCGACGGCCAGAAACACAUUGUCAUCUUUGCCAUGCGCAAAAUCUACCGCGGGGAAGAGCUCACCUAUGACUACAAGUUCCCCAUUGAAGAUGCCAGCAACAAACUGCCCUGUAAUUGCGGUGCCAAGAAGUGCAGGAAGUUUUUAAACUAGAACUUCCGUCAGCUGCAAGUGAGCCCUGCAGGGCCUGGGGUGAACCAAAGCUUCGAGUGAGCCCCUCCCUGGGACAGAGAGGCCAGAAGCAGGAGUGAAGAUGGACUGGGCUCAGGGACCUGAGACUGGCAGCUGUGUUUGUCCGAGUCCACAUCUUCAUGUCUCGCAUGUGCACACUCACCCUUAUGAGAGACAUGGGCGGCUGGAGAAGAUCCUCAGCAUGGUUAUGUUUUUGCUAUUCUCAUUUCCCCCCGCCCCCAUAUUUGUUUCUCAGCGUGGGGCUAAUGAGCGGGAGAGGAGAGGGGAGGUCACCCCAGACCCAGGCACAGGGCAGCAGUCAUGGGUCGUGUCCCUCUGUGUCUCCUGGCCAGAUCUCUCCCUGCUAGGGCUGAGUCAGUGCUUGGGUAGCACAGUAUUUGAGCUUGCCUCCUGGGGAGAAAGGCUGUGCCUCACCAGUGGGCCCCUGGGACUGCACAGUCUGCAAAACACUGUGAGUGUGAGUGGGUGUGCUGCCUGUGCAGAGCUCUGUGGCACAGGGGGCUGGCUUGGCUCUUCAUGAGGAGAGCAGAACAGAGCAGCCCACAACUAGACAGAAGAAGAGUUUGGCUGAUACCUUGCUCUGAAGUCCCUGCCUGAGAGUAGGGGAACUCCUGACAUUCUUUGGCAAAGAGGGCUUCUGCCAGUAAAGGCUCCUGUUCACCAGCGCUCUCGGGGAGUGGUCCAAUGGGUCCCACCUCCAGCAGCUGGCUUCCUCCUGUCCAGCAGGCAGCUGGCACAGCCAGCAAUGUCUCAAGGAACUGGGCAGAGGUCUCCAGAGAGAGGAGGGGAGUGCGAGCCUUGGCUGCAUGCUGCUGUAGAGCAGGAGCUGGGAAGGGCUGGUGUGGAGACACCCACUGCUCUGCCGUGCCACAGUGUCCCAGGCAGCCAGGUGCCUGUUGUGCUCAGUCUGGCUGUAGCCAUGUUGUGUUCCCCAGAAGACACAGCAAGGGCACCAAAAGGGAGCCAAAGUUCUCUGCAAAGGCAAGGCAAGCACCAGCCGGGCUCGUCCCGCAGCAUCCCGAACCACAUAGGAAACGCGAGGCAUUGGCACUGUGGGCGAGGAACCAGGCCAGGUUUGAGCAGGCUGAGAGACACCACUGUCCUGGCUGGAGCAGUGUGAGUCCUCCUCCCCGUGGGGUCUGCCCUGUGCCUCAGAGCAAAACCAGAGAGAGACAAGUGAGAGACCCAAGCCUGAUAGUGACAACAUUGGAUUCUGCUCUGUUCUGUUUACAGUUUAGUAUUUAAGGUUUUAUAAAUGUAAAUAUAUUUUGUAUAUUUUUCUAUGAGAAGCACUUCAUAGGGGAAAGCACUUAUGACGAGGCUUUUUACAGUGGUAUUAUCCUAAUUUAAGAGAAUCUCUUUUUAAUGAUUUUUUUAUUUUCAUAGGACGGUUCUAGGAAAUACCUGGCUGGACACAGUCUGAGCCUUUCUCCAGUGGGGGGGUUGCUUUAGUUUUGUUUUCUACUCUUGUUCUGCCUUUUUGACUUCAGUAACUGUCUCCGGGAGGGUUGACUGGACCUUAAAUUUGCCCGUAAGGACGGGUGCAGGAGGGAAAGCUGCCCAGCAUGGUAUGAGUUUGGCUCUGUGGGAGGACAGUGUGUGCCUUGGGCAGAAAGUUUGAUUCUGCCUUGCCCGUGCUGGUAUCCUGCAGGGUUUAAAAAGGAAAAGCAAGACAGGAUGAGACCUGACCCUCGAUACCUCUUUGCUGGGAGGCCAGUCUGAGGCACACACCUCCUGCCACAGUCUGUCCUUGAAAGGCAGAUCUGUUUUUCUGCGCAGAAGGGAAAGCAGAAAGCGCUCUCACUUUUCCAAGCUUUCCUGGUGGUUGGGUUGCAGUUGUUACAGGAGCCACUCUUCCGGAGCUGAUGUAUCAGCUGCUCUGAGCCGGCACGGGCAGCUGAUGGGGAAGGGACCCGGGAGUGCCUGCUGACUCCCCGGCUCUCAGAGGGGCGUCCCUCAUCCACACCUCUCUGGUCUUGAGACUUCUUCCUCUGCCCUGAGAAAGAAAAGCAGCACUCAGAGGUUCAGAACCUACCGAUUUCCUUUUGUUAUUGCACUGUGUGAGGAUAAUUUGUUGGUAACUGUUGAAAGCGAAGUCACAUUGACGCUGUGUUUGUUACUGAGAUGAUUUGAUGCACUGACAGUUUGGGAACGCACAUACUUUGAGGAGCCCAGAGAGUGCCCACCCGGGGGAUCUGGGCCCCACAGCCCCGGGCGCAGCUGCUCUUGGCCCUUUUCCUUCCGUUUGUGACGCGGGGUGCGGGCACAGCCCUCGCCAUGGCAAAGCCCCUGAAUUUAUCCCAGAGCUCAGCUACGCUUUCCCACUGCCCCGCUGCUGCCACCUCCCGAUUUCCUGGCUGCAGGAGGAGGUUCCACAGGGGAGCACUGCCCAGAGCCACCCCACACGGGGAGAAGUGGGAAGUAGGGUCGAGGGGAGAGCUGUGCCUCAGGAGUCCCCCACGAUCCAAGUGCCAGGAGCCUCCUCCUGCCGGGACCAGCCGAUCCAGCGGGCUGCCCACUUUGCUGCUAUUCCCGUUGCGGCUGCCUCGGC